CCGGUUGGGGAGGGCUGGGAGAGAAACGAGGAGGGAGAAAGAGGCGGGUUAUUAUCCUCUCUCUUUUUUUUGGACUUCUCCAAAAAGCAGUGCCCAGAAACCGCCAAGCAGGGCUGGCUGGCGCGCGUGUCCUCUCUCUUUCUCUCUCUCGCGCUCCUUCAGCUCCUCCCUCGUGUGGUUGUGGCUUUGAUUUUCCCCCUUCCAUCCAAAAGCUUUGGAAGAAAGAGAAGGGAAAUCCGAAAGGAAGCUUUUGCUCUUGGAAAAAACAAACUUCUUUGGAGUUAUCGCUGGGUCCAAAGAGAUCCACAUAUCUCUUGGAGAGACACACGUCUUUCCUCGGCGUCGGGAGCGAUGGGAAAAGUUGCCGGCUGGUCCCCAGGCUGGUCCUUGGCCGCCCGGACGUGGCUGAUGCUGCUGCUCCUGUCGGGCUUCGUCAAGGCGGAGAUCACUUGCCGGUCUUGCCGGGGCCACCAAGGAUUAUCGCUGCGCUUGAGGGCGAGGAGCCAGGAGGAGAGCAAGGCGAGCGGGGAAGGGCUCGGGGGCGCUUUGGGGGAGAAGCCUGUCUCCUUGGAAGUCCGCUCCGAGCUGCCGCUUGCGCCUCUUGCUCCUCUCCAUCCCGGACUCCCGCGGAGGAGGAGGCGGCAGAGCCGGAGAGCCCGAGACGCCCCGCCGCUGGAGAGCCGCCCGGAGCCAGCCACCCGCUUCCGACCCGAGGAGCUGAAGCUGACCAGCACCACCUUCGCCCUCACCGGAGACUCGGCCCACAACCAAGCCAUGGUCCACUGGUCCGGACACAACAGCAGCGUGAUAUUAAUUCUGACAAAGCUGUAUGACUACAACCUGGGGAGUAUCACGGAAAGCUCAUUGUGGAGGUCAACAGACUAUGGGACCACCUAUGAAAAGCUAAAUGACAAAGUGGGCCUGAAGACCAUUCUGAGUUACCUCUAUGUUUGUCCAACUAAUAAGCGUAAGAUUAUGCUGCUCACUGAUCCAGAAAUUGAGAGUAGUCUCCUGAUCAGUUCAGAUGAAGGAGCCACCUAUCAAAAAUACCGGCUGAACUUCUACAUCCACAGCAUGCUCUUCCAUCCAAAGCAGGAGGAUUGGAUUCUAGCCUACAGUCAGGAUCAGAAGUUGUACAGCUCUGUGGAAUUUGGAAGAAGAUGGCUACUUCUCCAAGAAACUGUAACACCAAACAGAUUCUACUGGUCUAGGAUGGGGACCAGUAAAGAACCAGACAUAGUCCACUUGGAGACAAAAACAGUGGAUGGCCAUGCACAGUACAUCACUUGCAGGAUGCAGAACUGCUCUGAAGCUGUAAGAAGUAAACCUUUCCCAGGAUACAUUGACUCUGACUCCCUCAUUGUCCAGGAUGAUUAUGUGUUUGUUCAGUUGACAUCAGGAGGCCGGCCUCAUUACUACGUAUCCUAUCGGAGAAAUGCAUUUUCACAGAUGAAGUUUCCCAAAUAUGCCUUGCCAAAGGACAUGCAUGUUAUCAGCACAGAUGAGAAUCAGGUAUUUGCUGCAGUCCAGGAAUGGAACCAGAAUGAUACGUACAACCUUUACAUCUCUGACACCCGAGGGGUCUACUUUACCCUGGCCUUGGAAAAUGUCAAGAGCAGCCGAGACCUGGAGGGCAAUGUGAUGAUAGACCUCUAUGAGGUAGCAGGCAUAAAGGGAAUGUUCUUGGCUAACAAGAAGAUUGACAACCAAGUGAAAACUUUCAUUACCUACAAUAAAGGGAGAGAUUGGCAUUUGCUGCAGGCCCCAGAUACAGAUCUGAGAGGAAACCCAAUUCAUUGCCUCCUGCCCUAUUGUUCCCUACAUCUCCACCUGAAGGUUUCAGAGAACCCAUACACUUCAGGCAACAUUGCCAGUCGGGAUACAGCUCCUGGGAUCAUUGUGGCCUCUGGUAAUAUUGGAUCAGAGUUGUCAGACCAAGAUAUCAGCAUGUUUGUUUCAUCUGAUGCAGGCAACACAUGGAGACAAAUCUUUGAAGAAGAGCACAGCGUUCUUUAUCUGGAUCAAGGUGGGGUUUUGGUUGCCAUGAAGCAUACAUCUCUGCCUAUCAGACAUCUCUGGUUAAGUUUUGAUGAAGGAAGAUCUUGGAGCAAGUACAGCUUCACUUCUAUCCCACUUUUUGUUGAUGGGGUCCUGGGAGAACCUGGAGAAGAGACCUUAAUAAUGACGGUUUUUGGACAUUUCAGCCAUCGCUCAGAGUGGCAGCUGGUGAAAGUAGACUACAAGUCUAUUUUUGACAGACGGUGUGCUGAAGAUGACUACAGGCCAUGGCAACUUCAUAGCCAGGGAGAAGCAUGCAUCAUGGGGGCAAAAAGAAUCUACAAGAAACGCAAGUCAGAAAAGAAAUGCAUGCAGGGCAAAUAUGCCGGUGCUAUGGCAUCUCAACCAUGUGUUUGUACAGAGGCAGAUUUUGACUGUGACUAUGGAUUUGAACGUCACAGCAAUGGCCAGUGUCUGCCUGCAUUUUGGUAUAACCCAUCAACAUUGUCAAAAGACUGCAGUCUUGGUCAAAGUUAUCUCAAUAGCACUGGGUAUAGGAAGGUUGUAUCUAAUAACUGCACAGAUGGUGUGCGUGAGCAGUAUACAGCCAAGCCUCAGCAGUGUCCUGGCAAGGCCCCAAGAGGGCUUCGAGUUGUCACUUCGGAUGGCACAUUGACAUCGGAACAAGGGCACAAUGUUACAUUUCUGAUGCAGCUGGAAGAGGGGGAUAUUCAAAGAUCAAUAAUCCGAGUGGAUUUUGGAGAUGGGAGUGCUGUGUCAUAUGCCAAUCUCAGCUCAACAGAAGAUGGGAUCAAGCACAUCUACCAGAAUGUGGGGAUUUUCCGAGUAACAGCACAGGUGGAAAACAGUCUGGGAGCUGACAGUGCUGUCCUGUAUUUACAUGUAAAUUGUCCUUUGGAACAUGUUCAUUUAUCACUGCCAUUUGUAACAACAAAGAAUAAAGAAGUUAAUGCCACAGCAGUUCUGUGGCCCAGUCAAGUUGGAACAUUAACUUACAUCUGGUGGUUUGGAAACAACACUGAGCCACUGAUUACUCUAGAAGGGAACAUUGCGUUUACAUUCUCUGCAGAAGGAAUGAACACCAUCACAGUGCAGGUUUCUGCAGGAAACACAAUUCUGCAAGACACCAAAACGAUUGCAGUGUAUGAGCAAUUUCGAUCAUUAAGGUUAUCCUUCUCCCCAAAUCUGGAUGAAUAUAAUCCAGACAUUCCUGAAUGGAGACGGGACGUUAGUCGAGUCAUCAAGAUAGCUCUAGUUGAGGCAACAGGUAUUCCCAACAAGCAUAUCUUGGUAGCAAUCCUGCCGGGUUUACCUACAUCAGCUGAGCUCUUUAUAUUGCCUUAUAAUGAUGCAACAGGAGGAAACAGACAAACAGCAGAAGAUCUCCAGCAGAUUUCAGAAGUUUUGGCUCAGAAAUUGAACCAAAACUCCAUACAAUUUGACUUGAAACCUGGUGUUAGAAUCUUUGUCCAUGCUGCCCAUUUAACAGCAGCCCCGCUCAUAGAUGUCACACCUAGCCACAGUGGUUCAGCUAUGCUGAUGCUGUUAUCCGUGGUAUUUGUGGGAUUAGCAGUAUUUGUAAUCUACAAAUUCAAAAGGGUUGCCAGAUUUCCAAAGACCAAUUCUUGUACACAAGAGGCUAUUGGGAGGAAAAUUUCCUGGACAUCCUGGACGCCAACCAACGAGCGUGACCAGACAGCCAAGGACUGCCCAGCGUCCAGAACCAGACAGUGCAUAGACUGUUGCCCUGCCGAUGAGCAUGAUGGCGGUCAGAUGUAUGAGGAGCGCUCGCCAAGCGCAGGAAGUAUUUCCACAGUUGCUGAGCCUCAAAGCACAAAAGAAAUCCCCACUUGUAUAAAUGUUUGAAACAAGGACACCAAUCAGUCUCUAUCCCCUUUACCCUUAAAUAUAAAUAUGUAUAUGUAUAAAGAAAGAAAGAAACCAACUGCUUUUGGACUUUUUGAUUCUUCUGAUGACAAAAGGGUUUUUAGCUUUAAACCUGUGCAUGUGUAUGUCAUUUGGAUAACAUAUUUGGAACUGCAGUGUACAGGUACUCUAUUUUAAUGGAGUAAAAGGAAAAGGAAAAAAUCCUCUUAAUUCUCUUCUCUCUUUUUUUCUAAUCAAGGUUUAAUUUGUAGAUGAUUCAUACUGAUAUAGGCCAAGAAUUUGCAUGGGGAAUUUGGGGGAGGGCAUGAAGUGGGGUAAAGGUUAUUGACUUUUCCAGCAUAAUUUUUGUGCUUUUAGCACAACAGGCUUGUAGGAGGAUUUGCCACCAAAGCCUACAUUCCAAAAAUACACCCAAGAACUGCCCUCAAGUUUAAAGGCAUCACAAUGUUCUCAUGGGUUUUGCUGUCUUGCCAUUUUCUUGUUUUUUUCAUCUCUUUUGUCUACAAUAACUGCUCUAACUUCUUCAGAUAUAGAGUAAGUCCCCAAAGCUGCUCAGGUUCCUUUCAUAAUAGAGUAUUAUACAGAGGUAUAACCCAUCUUUCUAGUACAAUGAAGAAAUAGUUCCCUCACAGUCACAAGGAUGAAAGCAUAUACACUAUUUUAUGUCUGCCCUUAGAAGACACCAUCUUUAUGAAACAUUUCACUGUCUGUUAUUUUGUGGGACCCUUUUGAGAGAGGAAAGAGUAUGUUCUUUAGCUCCACAUAGUAAUUACAUGAAUGGAUUUAAGCUGUUUUUCUAACAUCCAAAUCAUUCUGUUCUGACAAUAGUAUUUAAGAAGGGGAAAAGUGGUUCGGCAGAAAUAUAAUUUCAUUAAUGCAUAUUUCCUUUGUUCAUACUGGCCCAUAGAGGCACUUGGUGAAGCAGUGUGAUGGUUGGGAUCACUUUUCACCUUCUAGCCUCUUAAUAUUACUUCUGCUGCCACUCCUAGUCACAAUUAUAUAGAACUGGCAACACUUGGCAGUUGCCAUAAUGCUAAAAUAUAUCAGGGAUGUGACUAGAAUCCUAAAGAUUGCUUUCUAUUUUUUUCACACAAAAUAAAUGAAUUUUUGACCCAAUCUAAUAAACUUCAAGAAAGUUUAUAUAUUAAUCUUUAGAAAUCUUCUAUGAUUUUUGUUACAAAAUUUGGCAUCACUUAUGUCUAUAGUUGUAGUAUUCAAAAUGAUGGGAACAACUUAGUCUGAUCACUGUAUAGUAAACCUCAUAGUUCUAAUAGGCCAUAGAAGUCCAAUAUUAGUGAAGUUAUUUUUAUAGGUCAAUUUGAAUGUUUUCUUUUUCUUAUAGAGUUUGACCGACAGCUAAUUUUAAAUGACUUUUUGAUGUAAUUUUUUCCCUCUUGGUUGGUUACAAUGUAGUGUAAUGUAUAAUUGCUAUUGUUUAUUGCUUUUACAGUCAUAUUUAUUAAACAGAUUCUGUCUCUAAAGGAAGGCA